AUGAUGGAGGAAGAAGACGCCUUAAACGCAGUGGGUUAUGACGACAUUGGUGGUUGUAGAAAACAAUUAGCACAAAUUAAAGAAAUGGUGGAAUUACCUUUACGUCAUCCUUCACUGUUCAAAGCAAUUGGUGUGAAACCACCUCGCGGUAUCUUACUGUACGGUCCACCCGGCACAGGAAAAACUUUAAUCGCUAGAGCGGUUGCGAACGAAACAGGGGCAUUUUUCUUUUUAAUUAACGGUCCCGAAAUUAUGAGCAAGUUGGCGGGCGAAUCCGAAAGCAAUUUGCGCAAAGCUUUCGAAGAAGCUGAUAAAAAUUCGCCCGCUAUCAUAUUCAUCGACGAAUUGGAUGCGAUAGCGCCCAAGCGUGAGAAAACUCACGGCGAAGUGGAGCGUCGUAUCGUGUCUCAACUUUUAACUCUGAUGGAUGGCAUGAAAAAGAGUUCGCAUGUGAUUGUAAUGGCAGCCACGAAUCGUCCCAAUUCGAUCGAUCCAGCUUUACGUCGAUUUGGACGGUUUGAUAGAGAAAUUGAUAUCGGCAUCCCAGAUGCGACGGGCCGCUUAGAAGUGCUACGUAUUCAUACCAAAAAUAUGAAGCUGGCCGACGAUGUGGAUCUUGAGCAGAUCGCCGCGGAAACUCACGGUCAUGUCGGUGCAGAUCUUGCUUCUUUGUGUUCGGAAUCUGCGCUUCAACAGAUCCGAGAGAAGAUGGAUUUAAUCGAUUUGGAGGACGAUCAAAUUGACGCUGCAGUAUUGAACUCGUUAGCCGUCACAAUGGAGAACUUCCGUUAUGCGAUGACAAAGAGCAGUCCUAGCGCAUUGAGAGAAACCGUGGUAGAAGUUCCUAACGUUACAUGGGAUGACAUUGGUGGAUUGGAAAAUGUAAAGAAAGAGUUACAAGAGCUUGUUCAAUAUCCCGUUGAACAUCCAGACAAAUUUCUUAAAUUUGGUAUGCAACCAUCGCGUGGUGUGUUGUUUUAUGGGCCACCAGGUUGCGGUAAAACUUUGUUAGCUAAAGCUAUAGCAAAUGAAUGCCAGGCAAAUUUCAUAUCAGUAAAAGGUCCAGAAUUGCUGACAAUGUGGUUUGGUGAAUCUGAAGCUAACGUUCGUGACAUAUUCGAUAAGGCAAGAUCUGCUUCUCCUUGUGUGCUUUUCUUUGACGAGUUAGAUUCUAUUGCCAAAUCAAGAGGGGGUAACGUAGGAGAUGCAGGUGGUGCAGCGGAUCGCGUGAUCAAUCAAAUCUUAACGGAGAUGGAUGGUAUGGGUGCAAAGAAAAACGUUUUCAUCAUUGGAGCGACAAAUAGACCUGAUAUUAUUGAUCCAGCUAUUCUGCGACCAGGACGUUUAGAUCAGCUGAUUUAUAUUCCACUGCCAGAUGAGAAAUCACGCGAAGCUAUCUUUAAGUCAAAUUUGCGGAAAUCUCCAGUCGCUCGUGAUGUCGACCUUGGUUAUAUAGCUAGAGUUACCCAUGGCUUUUCUGGUGCUGAUUUAACAGAAAUUUGUCAGCGCGCUUGUAAGCUUGCUAUCCGCCAAAGUAUUGAAUCCGAAAUUCGCAGGGAAAGAGAAAGGGCUACUAACCCCAACAGUGCUGCAAUGGAUCUCGAUGAAGAAGAUCCAGUACCGGAAAUCACAAGAGCACAUUUCGAGGAGGCGAUGCGGUUCGCUAGACGUUCUGUUUCAGACAACGACAUACGUAAAUAUGAAAUGUUCGCACAAACUCUACAGCAGUCACGAGGUUUUGGAACUAACUUCCGUUUUCCUACCGGCAGCGGUGGUCAGCCAACGCCUUCCAUCACUGCUGGCGAUCAGGGUAAUUUCCAAGAUGAUCCAGAUGAUCUAUAUAGUUAAGCGCAGGUUGAG